AUGAAUCGUUUAGCAUUUAGUGAUUUCCAUGCACAGCACUUUGGGCCAGAACAAAAAGCUUAUUGGCAGAAUAUGCUUCAACAGCAACAAUACUAUCAACAAAAUGCAUACGAUUAUUACCAAUACGAAACCGAUGAAUUACAGAAGCACGACCAGCCAGAGGAUGAGCACUACUCUCCAGAAGAGGAGGAAGAGGGGGAAGAGGAGGAAGAGGAGCACCAACCGUCAAAAGAAGCAAUAGAAAUCUUUCAAUUUUCAGAAGCAUAUCAGAAAGAAAAGGAGCUAGAGCGAAUCAGUCGAGAAAAGGACGACAUGGAGGGCAUGCAAGGUUGGCAGUACGAUGAAUCAACAGUGCUCUGCAGCGGCGGCGUGGAAGCACCAACGACAAGCCUUGUCUUAACGCAGCCAAGAUCAACGCACGAAAAGAACCGAAUUCAAGAAGAAAUGCUGAAUUCUGCAUAUCUGGAUAGCUGUAGAAACUACGAUAACCAAGAAGCUGUUGUUCUCUGGCCUGUUCUCCCUUUUCGAUUCUAG